AAAAAUAGCCAUCCGUCAGUCAGUCCACUUGCUGUAUUCACUCGAUCACAGUCACAGUCAGUCAGUUAGUCCGUCAGUAGUGUUGGGCCAUGGGUUAGAGAAUGAAAAACAGGAUUUCCCCACCCUGUUUUGCACCGAAUACAAAGGCUGCGCUGCCCGACCCGAAAUGAAAUUUUGUGGAAAAUUGUGACUAUUUGGGAGGGUCUUCUAGAUGUAAAGUUAGUCACAUGAAUCGGCCAAACUUCGGUCUUCCUCGCGUAGAUAUCUUGUGGGUGUUUGCAGUUCGUUAAGUAGGGUAAAAAUCGUGAAAGAAAUCUGUGAUGAAUGGAUACUGAUGUAAGAACAGGUUGCGGAGCAAACGAGAAAAAAUCGAAUGUGAUAUGGUUUGGCAGUUCUGGAGAAAUGUUUUGCAGUUCCUUGGUUUAGAUUAGAAAACGUAACUUCGCAGAUGUUGAGUUUUGAAGACCUUCGCUGAUUUGAAAAGUCAUACCUAAGUUAGAAGAAAAUAUUGUGUUCAUUUUUUGUAAUAAUUGCAAGUGAGUUUAAGAGUAAUAUCAAACAAAGAAAUCUGGAUCAAAUCGAGCCUAAAUCAAUUUCCUGGUUUCAAGCAUCGGUCGUGUGCAAUUAGGGUCGUCAUAACAAGCAUCCUUGACCAAGAUUUGAACAGAGCCAAUUUUCACUCCCAAGUGAUAACUACCCGUUGUCCUCCAAGUGGUGCACGAAAAAGGGCUGCGGGAGAGAUGCAGUAACCCCUCCGUACAAGGAACAAGCCCUAACACACAUGGGAUCCACCACCAAAACAGUCAGUGAAGUAUCAGCAUAGGCGAAGAAGGCCUCAGAAGUGGCGUGGAAAUCGCAGUGCGGAAAGCGCGCGGAAAAUCGAUAUCGUUUCCUUUUGCUGUCAAACACAGCCUUGCCAGGAGGUGCAAACAGGACUUUCGCAAGUGAAGUUGGCUGCGAUUCGGAGGUUCGUUUGUUUUCCUUCCAUCGUUCGUCUUGUGGAAAAGGGGGGAAAAGUGGCGUCAAAACAAAGAAGGAAAAUGCGGCCCGCAGAAGAUGGGAGGAAAAUCACGUUUUCCACCACAUGUGCGGGACGGAAUGUUUGUGUAUAGGAAAUCGCGCGCGCUCGAAGUCGACUCCUGUAAACAAGAAGGCGUAUUGCAUAGUGGUGUGCGUUUGUAAUGUGCGUGUUGCAUAGUGGAAGGCGCGGACAAAGGACCACAACGAAACAGUCGAAGAUGCUGCGGAGAUAAACAAGCUCAUACUGUCGAGUGGUUAAGCUUUUCCAAUUUUUCCUCCCGGAAUAGUGCAAACAGAACGAUAACGAUUCAAGAGUACAUUCGCUGAACAAUAGUGUGUUGAUUGGGUCCUCGAAUUGUCGUCGAGUGUGGAGGAAAAGCCCUGCGAGGCAGAUGUCGUCUGUGCAGCGAUAAUGGACCAGUGAAAGGAUCCUUCACUUACUUCGUACGCGGCGCGGGUGGUAUUGCGACUCAAGAUCCUCUGAAAGUUCAGGUCGUCCACAAUGCACUAUCGACACGAAGAGGGGCGGCAUUUGCUGCUACGGAAUGCUUCGGCCGGGGCGUCCGUCGAUUCCAAAUUCGACAGCUCAAUUGUGUGGCCUUUCCUGAUACAGAAUGCGAUGGAAAAUCCAUUGUGUACGACGACGGCUGCCGCCAAUUCGACAGUUUCGGUGCUACUUUGGACAACGAUUGCAGUUUUUGGGAUUGUGUACACGUUGUUAGGCUAUCGAUGUCUCAGAGCAAUAGGCUUCCUGACGGGCCUGGCUGCCGGUGCAGGAUGCAUCGUACUGCUGCAGAGCAAGAACAUUACAGGGUUUGGAAAUCUAGCUGCGCCAGCUCUCGCUGUAGUGGCCGGCCUAUUUGGUGCUAUCCUGGGGUCAACCCAUCCAAUUUCGUCCAUCCUGAUUGGAGCCUCGGCCGGUGCACUGGUCGCGGGAGCUAUCAUUGCGUCCUGCAUUGCCACACUACCUCAUUACAUCUUUGGAGAAAAUGAGCUCUUCGUGUCGGUCGUGGGAGGGGCAAUCAUCUGUGCCAUCAUCGCACUAUUUUGUCCAAAGUUCAUGUCAAUCAUUGCUUCCAGUAUACUGGGAUCGGCCAUGAUCCUGUGCUCAAUCGACUUCUUCAUGCACGGACUGAACACGCUGGAUUGGAUCGUCAAUAUCAAACCAGAUCCGAUACCGCCCCCAUGUUGGGGUGGAGUCAUCCUGAGCUGUUGGCCCAUCGCCGCGGUUCUGGGCGUGCUGGUUCAGAGCUUCGUCACUGCCUGGAAAAUAGACCACCGAAGACAGAUGAUGCACCGGCGGAGGCGCCACUACAAGGGCCGAACCGGAUCGCGAUCGCGGGAAACACGGGAAGAGGCACGGCAACGGAAGUACCGAUACCUGUAUCAGGUGCGCACCGCCCGAGGAGACAUCAUUUCUCAGAACUUCGUAUCCGCCCUCCAGAAGCACGUCACCACAGAUUCCGGCCCACCGUCGGAGGUUUCCACCAAGCUGGGUUCGAGCGAUCGCAACACGGCCCGCAGCGAUCGAACCCACAUGACCAACCUGCCCGAUUCGGACUUCGAGAAGCGCGAUCUGAGCUACGAGAAACGUUGACAUCCAGCCAAAUAGCAGUAUCCGUAUCCGCCGCAUCCGCAUCAACAACAACAGCAACAGUUACCACUGCAUCAGCAGCAGCAACAGCCACAACAACAGCAGUACUACUACUACUACAGCAACAACAACCACAGUGGCCACCACCAGCAACAACCACAGAAACACGAACGCACUUGUUACUAGAGCAGAAAGGUGAGGAAUCUAUAAACGGGGGAGUUGAAUAGACAGGACAAGGAUUUGAACGAGUUCAAAGCAAUUCGGAUGAUGUCUCUAGGACAGGGUUUGUACAGGUAAGGUAAGUGAAAGAGGUAAGUAGUCAAAAUGGCAUAAAAAGAUUUUUAUACGAAGAAAGCGAUUCAAAAUGGCUACAAACAGAGUGAACGGAAUGAAUAAACAGUAACGUUCAAGGGACAGGUAUUUCGUACGAAUAAAAAUCAGUAAUGCAAAACAAUGAAUAGACACUAGGGUGUGGCUUAUUUUUCAAACAGUUUCUUAGAACUAAUAUCCAACCAACAAAUAUGUAGUUGUGCGAUGAAGAGCGUGGGGUGAGAUGGGUAUUGGAUUCUGAUUGGCUCCACAGAAUCGUUACCUGUUAUGUGGCGAAGUUGGUUAACGCACCCUGUCAGCUCAUUGGGGUGACGUGGGUUCAAAUCCCACUCAAAUUGUGUUUUUUUUUUGCAAUUUUCCAUCUUAAUUUGUCCAUUUCUAACACAUUUGUGUCUAUAAACUUCAUGAUUAACGCAUGAUAAUUUUUGUUUUGUAAACCUUCACGAAAGUCACCGUAAACGAAUUCAAAAUCUUCCACAUUUUCAUAUUUUUUUACCAAAAUUUGAAUGAUUUUUUUCAUACCAGUUGAAAAAAAAGUUUAGUUUUAAGAAACUUUUUAAAAUAAGCCACACCCACAACGAGAACUGUAAAUCAUGCGCAAUAUGUCGCCAACAACGGAUAAUGGGAAAUUUUAAACAAAGACAAACAUGUGUAACGAUAAAAUAUAAAGCCCUAAAAAUACCAAAUCAAUAACUGAAUCAAAUUCAUUGCUAUAUAGAGAUAAGGUUCUAUAAAUUGAAAAUUAUUUCAGAGCAAGUCUGAAGCAAAACUUUGACCGUAAACUUUUUGAUUCUCUAAAGGAAUAAUCUUAAAAAAAAACAAAUUAAAAACAGCUACACACAGUAAAAGAAUACAAAACAAGAAAGGUGGGGAAAUGUGAGACGAAUGUGAUUCAAGUUUUUAUCAACAGAGUAGCACGAGGACAAGUUGUAGAGACUCAGACCAUUGUUUUCCGCGCAGUAGGUUCAUGUUGUAGCGAGAAGCGGUUUAGUUAUUUCUGAACACAAAUAUCGAAACGGAAUGGUUGUUUGAUUUACAAAACAAAACAAAAACGAGAAUGAUUUGAGGUCCUUUCUCAAAGAUGUCCAUGGCGCUCCGCGCGCGGUAGAAGCCCAGAGAAGGAGUAUUGAAAUAUUUAUACAUAAAAAAGCAGGAUUACAAACAUACGCCAGUUACAAUAAAGUGGAUAGAAUUACCAGCAGAUAAGGUCAAUGUUUCUCUUACUUUUUUUGGCAGCGCAAUAGAACUUGUUUACUCAAUUAGAUUAUAUUUUUGAACAAAUACACACAAACGUAGCAAAACCGCCGCCACAGCCAUCAGAUCAAAAACUAAACAUACGGAAUACAAUAAAUGCGAAAUGAUAUUGUGACGAUAACUGAUUGAUGGAGAAAAAUCAAGGAUGAAGUGUGCAAUGGAUCCCUUCCAAGAUGCAAAACUGACAAACGGGAAUGACGAGUGUGUAGUGCAAUGCAAAGGUAUAAUAUCGAAAGACAGAGAGUAAUAAAUGUAAUAGGCUAAAGGAAAGCUCAAAAUAUAUAUAAGCCAUAUUUUGGAUUUAUCGGA